AUGCUUAAAAAGAUCAAAGGAGGCGACAUUCACAUCACGGCUGAAUUGCAGCAAGCCAUUACGACUGAAACAUUAAAGAAGAAGCUUCGCCACCGAGAGCGUAGCCGGAUCAACCAGGCGCGCUACAGACUGAGGCAGAGGCGAAUUGAAAACGAUCUUGAAAAUGCCAUUAGACAACUUAGAUCGACAAUUGAAGAUCUCGAGAAGAGGUGCGAUGAUUUUUUUCGCCUUCCAACAACGCCAACGUGUUGGGCAUUGGCGUCCGAGUACUUUCGCCAGUUCAACUACUUCAUUUCCUCGCCUGGAACGUUGUACAACAUGGCAUUUAAGUUUCUCCACGAGAACAUGGCACCACACGUUGCGAGUGGCUCGCAGUUUGGCAUUGAUGCCCACCUACAAAACUGGAAGUCAUUUGCUCAUUGCUUUGACGACGCUAGUGUGGAUUUGAUGUGCUUGAAGAUGCCAACAACAAACACUCUGGUUGCGUACACUGUUACCACCGUGACAAUCACCAGCAAAACGCUGAGCGUGGCAUUUCCACACCUUACCAGUGAUAGUGCCUGCGACGCGAAACAUGGCGAAUUGUCGCCUCUUGCAGCCAGAAUGCUAGACAAGAAACUAGUCAUGCGUGGAUCAGUAUUGUUUGACUGGGACAGCACAACAGGAAAAGUGUCAAGCCUCCGUUCGCAAGCGGACAUGAUGACUCCAAUGCUGAACCUGCUAGGUAGUUUAGAGGACGUGUCAUGUGCUUUCAACAAAGCCCGAGUCACCCCAGACUGCACGUUUGAGGCUAGUGUCGUUUGA